GUGUGUGUGUGGGUUCCGUGCCCUGGUCUGUGCUAAGUCCCGCCCCUGUGCCGGAGGAGGACGUUGCGAGGAGGGGGCGCGACCGCCGGUCACGUGGCGGCACUGCGGAAGAAGCGGGAGGGCGGGCGGCCGGGUCCCGAGUGGCCGGAAGUGGUGGCCCCUGCCGCUCAUCCGAGAUGGGAACGUCUCUGGACAUCAAGAUUAAAAGAGCGAAUAAAGUGUAUCACGCCGGGGAAAUGCUCUCGGGUCUGGUGGUCAUCUCCAGCAAGGACUCUGUCCAGCACCAGGGCGUGUCUUUGACCAUGGAAGGGACUGUGAACCUCCAGCUCAGUGCCAAAAGUGUGGGUGUCUUUGAAGCCUUUUACAACUCUGUGAAGCCCAUCCAGAUCCUCAGCAGCACCAUUGACGUGCUGAAGCCGGGGAAGCUCCCCAGUGGCAAGACGGAGAUCCCCUUCGAGUUUCCUCUGCAUGCCAAGGGCGGCCGGGUGCUGUACGAAACCUACCACGGCAUGUUUGUCAACAUCCAGUACACGCUGCGCUGCGACAUGCGGCGGUCCCUGCUGGCCAAGGACCUGAGCAGGACCUGUGAAUUCAUCGUUCAUUCUGCUCCUCAGAAGGGGAAGCUGACGCCAAGUCCUGUUGACUUCACGAUCACCCCGGAAACCUUGCAGAACGUCAAAGAGAGGGCCUCACUUCCCAAAUUCUUCAUUAGAGGCCAUCUGAACUCCACUAACUGCGCUAUCACGCAGCCCCUGAUGGGAGAGCUGGUGGUGGAGCAUUCGGAAGCUGCUGUCCAGAGCGUGGAGCUUCAGCUGGUCCGGGUGGAGACCUGUGGGUGUGCCGAGGGCUAUGCGCGCGAUGCCACAGAGAUACAGAACAUUCAGAUUGCUGAUGGGGACAUCUGUAGGGGCCUCUCCGUCCCCCUGCACAUGGUCUUCCCCAGGCUGUUCACCUGCCCGACGCUGGAGACCACCAACUUCAAAGUGGAGUUUGAGGUAAAUGUGGUGGUCCUUCUUCAUGGUGACCACCUCAUCACAGAGAACUUCCCGCUGAAGCUCUGCCGGACAUAGCCCAGCUGCAGGAAGGGCACAGCAGGAGUGGCCAGUCAUCUGCUCACACGUGGACAUCGCUCAGGCCAUCUGCUCACAAGUGGGUCACAAGGGUCAUCUCAGGCACCAUGUCUGGCAGCAUGCAUUUUCAUGAUUUUUCUCGUGGCCUCAAAGCGUCUGUUUCUUGAAGGGGCCUUGUCCUCUGGAAUGCAGCAGGAUUUCCUCGUGUGUCUCCAGAGCACAGAAAACAUUUCCAACGGCUCCAGAUGUCCCCACUCCGUAGGGUCAGUAAAGCAGUGCGCCUGCAGGUUGAGAUUUGCUGGCUCGUGAGGCCGUGGAGACAGAAGGGCAGCGGUCCCAGGCGUGCCCCCUCCUGACAGCCAGGGUCGGCCACAAGCAAGCUCACUGAUGGAGUCUGUGACACACUCCAGGGAAUGGCCGUGGCCUCACCUGGAUCUAUGGAGCGUUUCCUUCCUGAGUUCUUGAGACCGUUUCACUAGAACUUUAACAUUGUUUAGGAGACUGGAGAAAAACCCAGCAAUACUUGUUAUCACAGGAAUGAGAGCCCCUGUGAAGGCGGCCGGUGCUAGAGCGUUGGCAGCGUGUGGCACGGCACCCACGCCCAAUGCUGCCUAUUCCCAGAGCGCAUUAAAAGGCAAAAUGGUUGCAACGG